AGAUGAACCCAACUUGACUUAAUUAUUCCUGCAGGGAACGCGUGAAAUUAUAUUAUUUUCAACCCUAUAAACACGGCCACCAUCCUCAAAAUGAUUUUCUAUCUUUUUAUGUUGGUCGUCGUCAAGUCUAUAAAGUAGUACAUAUACAAAUGGUGAGGCAGAAAAGUAGAUAGUUCCUCCCAUCAUCUAAACUCCCAUCAUCUUUCCUUGUCAUUUGCAUCUGAGACAAUGGCUGCUUGUAGUUGCAACAAGAGUUUCUCCAGCGAUUACAUGUUGCUGAGCCCAGAGGAUGUGGGUCUCUGUGAUCUCAUUCGGAUCUUGUUUUCCAGUGAGAUUGAGAAAAGAAAGUUUGUGGACUGCCAGAAGGGGACUGAGGAGCCAUUCAAGCGUCGAUGGCUCAUAUUCGUCUCCGUCUUGUCUCAGAAAUUCCUGCGCUCUGUGUCAAAACCCAUGGCUUGGUUUGGGUCUGUGGCUGAGCACUGGCUUAACCUUCUGUCCAGUAAUCGGAAUUUUGGUGUGCUGGUGCUAAAUUUCCUUCGAGGGAAGGUGGUGGUUCCAGAUAAAAAGUCGGCGACAUUCUUGUCAUUUACAGGAAAUAUGGACAAGCGGGUGGAGUUAGACAAAAACAUCAAAGUCGGAGAUAGCAGAUACUACGCAGCGCUUUCUAUGAUGGCUUCUAAAGCAUCUUAUGAGAACAAAGCUUACAUUGAAGCCACUGUCACGGAUCACUGGAAGAUGAAGUUCUUGGGGUCCUACGAUUUCUGGAAUGAUUAUCAAGAGAAAGCUACAACACAAGCCUUCAUGCUUCAAGACAAAAUCGAUGACCCUGAACUGAUCAUGGUGUCAUUCAGAGGUACUGAAACGUUCGACGCAGACGCAUGGAGUUCAGACAUUGACCUUUCCUGGUACGAGCUCCCUGAAAUGGGAAAAGUUCAUGGCGGGUUCAUGAAAGCUCUAGGGUUACAGAAGAACAAAGGGUGGCCUAACGAAAUCGAACAAGCCAAUAACGAACCAGCAGUGGCCUACUAUGCCAUUAGAGAAAUGCUGAGAGAGCUGUUAAGAACAAAUGAGAAAGCAAAAAUUAUAAUAACUGGUCACAGUUUGGGUGGUGCCUUAGCCAUUUUGUUUGCAUCAGUUUUGGCAUUUCAUAGGGAGGAAGGGUUGUUGGAGAGAUUGGAGGGAGUUUAUACCUUUGGACAACCAAGAGUUGGGGAUGAGAAAUUUGGGGAGUACAUGGAAGAGAAGUUGAGAAAGUAUGGUAUUCGUUAUUACAGAUUUGUUUACUGCAAUGAUAUAGUUCCUAGGUUGCCUUAUGAUGACAGGACACUUAUGUUUAAGCACUUUGGGACGUGCUUCUAUUAUGAUAGCUUCUAUAAGGGGAAGAUUUUACCUGAGGAACCAAACAAGAACUAUUUCUCACCAUUGUGGGCAAUACCAAAGAUGUUGAAUGCAAUUUGGGAGCUAAUAAGAAGCUUCGUCAUCCCCUACACCAAAGGAAAAGAAUACAAAGAAGGAGGUCUUCUUCAAUUGUUGAGACUGAUUGGCGUGGUGAUCCCAGGUGUGCCUGCUCAUUGUCUCCAAGAUUAUGUUAAUGCUACCCGGUUGGGAUCACCUGACCUGUAUCUCAAAGUCGAAGACCAAAGAAAAAAAUUUGAAGAACUGAAUAAACCCUAGUACUAGAGUUGAAUUGUCUUUUAUAAGAUCAAACUUUCAUGAGAGUUUUUUCAUGGAACAUAUUGUAUACUUCUUCUAUGCUUGUUUUGGUGAUUAGGAUUAAUCGUGGAUUGUAUAGCCGCUCUUUGUAUUCAACUCUUUCAAUAGUGAAAUCCCUGCAGUUUCGUGGACGUAGGCAAAUUGUCGAACCACGUAAAAUCUGUGUCUU